GUUAACAACUUCAGGAGAGGACAUCCUGUCAAAAACAACACUAAGAACGGAAGACAAAACAGCUUCGGCAGCCAUGUUUCUGAAGAGAAGUGAUCAGAUCUGAAGGAACAAAUGAUUAUUCACAUGGCAUCCAGUAUAGUUUUGAUGUAUUCACAUGCCAUAUUAUAUUAUAUUAUACUAAGCAAUGCAACCUCCAAAGUUGCUUCUACACCAAUCAAAUCAACAGCAGCUACUCUUUCUUCAAAGAGAGAUAACAGUAAUAUUGCUGCUACCCCAACAAGCAGCAGCAACAAGCAUGCUUCAUUACUAAGCUCUGCUGAUAAAAGAAGAUCUACUCCUUACAAGUCGGUCAAUUUUACGCCAAUUAGAGAACUUAAUAGAUUGACUGCAUCAGCAUGAAGAAAUUUGAAAGUGCAAGAGCUAGUGCUGGUUCCUCAAAGGCUUCAAAGGAUGCAUCAUUAACUCCUCUAAGAACACCAACUAUGGCUUAUAUAAGAAGGAAAUGCAGAUGCAUUCUGCAUUGACCCCAUUAACAGAAAAGAAAAGGAACAAAACUCCUCUUGAUUUAUCAAGCACAGGCAAAAAUACAGCCAGCUCUAAAUGGCGCUUGCUCUCAACAGAAAAUAAAAUGAGAUCCCCAAUGAUAUCCUCACCUUUCAGCUUGAGGACAGAAGAAAGGGCUGCAAGACGAAAGAAGAAACUUGAAGAAAAGUUCAAUGCCAAUGAGGCACAAAAAGUGCAACUCCAUACAAAACUCAAGGAAAAAGCAGAGACAGAGAUCAGAAAACUUCGCCAAAGCUUUUGCUUCAAAGCAAGGCCACUACCUGAUUUUUACAAGGAAAGGAAAGAAUAAAACAAGGAAACACAGAAGGUAUCUUAAACUGUUUGCAAUAAUAAUAUAAUCUUCUUUCCCAUUUUCUCCUCAAGCUUUGUUUGGUUAACAAUAUUGUUCUUAAUCUCUAUGUAGUUCCGGAUAAUUGAGUCCUUAUAAAAUCUGAUUUGGUUCUUAGAACAAUAAAAUUCUGUUUUCUGUCUUAUUUUCUCUUUCCUUUUUACAAGAUCCUGAAAAGAGAAACUAAAAAUGAAAAUAGAAAAUAAAAACGCAAACCAAACACACCCUUAAUUUUU